AUUUUCUUUUACUUAUGCAGAGAUUCAAGGAUGAGAAUAAAAUGACACUUAACUGCGAAUCCAAUGUCGAAGCUCAAAAGUUCACUUUGAACGGUGAGAUCCAGCACCAGGAUACCAACAACUUGUUCCACGUGACAUACACUUGUCCAAUGGGAAAGAUCGAAAUUCUCUCCAAGAUACAAAAACUCGGUGACAAGGAAUUCAAAGGCGAAUGGAAAGUGGACACUCCCAAAGGUUUCGCGGUAGCCGAUGCGCAUGUAGACAUUGAAAGCAUCGACAAUUUCAUAAUUAAUGUCAACUUCGAUAGCGAUAAGAUACAACAUCGUAAGAUCCACGCCGAGAUCGCGAAUAAACCCACAGCAAAAGCCGGAAAGAGAGUCCUAGUCACUGUCACUAGUGAUGGUCAAAACAUUGUAACCGGAAGGUAUUACUAUUUAAUUAAUUAUAAGUUAACUGAGUUGCGUUUUUUAGAAAGGAACCAGUCCACAAAAGUUUGAAAUUUAGAAUAUGUC